GCUCCCCCAGCCUGCCUCGCCGUGUGCCUUGCUCCCCCAGCCUGCCUCACCGUGUGCCUUGCUCCCCCGCUGUUUUUUUGGAUGCAACCCGUGUUUGGCACGAGUAACCAAAGUUUUGUGAAAUCAGGUUGUGUAAAAGUAGGAUGUUUCAGCACCAAUAUUUGGAGUCCAGCGGAUCUUUCGAAGGAAACUCAGGAAGGACUAGGAAUGGGGAAAUGUGAUGACUCUGGUUUGUGGGGAGCACCUAGAGGAAAAUUGAUUUUCCUCUUAUACCUUAGUCCUGAAGACUAUGCUCUAAAUAAACGGGUGUGGCUGCAUCCUGUCCACAAAACCAAAUCUCCAUUAGCAGGACAAAAGGUUGAUUAUAGAUCUACCACCAGGGGACAGCAGAGAACCAUGUCAAAGGCGCACACUUAACCGUGUUGAGGCAUCCAGGCUUGACGAGCUGUCUUUUGUCUCACCACCACAGAUACUAGAAGAGAUUUUCUACAUCACUCAUAUCCAGCCGAUUGGAUGGAGCGAGGAAGGGAACCUCUGUAGUAAAGAUUUGUAGCACUCGACGCUGAAACACCUCUUGGUGCUGUGUUGAGGAGGAACUAAAUGCGACAUGGGGGGCAGGUGAAUCUUUUGGUUGCUGCAAGGAUACAGCGGGGGCCAGAGAGGGUGAUGGAGGGAGGGACAAGAGGGAGGGACGGAGACGCAAAGCACGAAACAAUGAAACACUGAGCGUCUGAUGCAGGCUGCGCGUAAAAGGACUGUGGAGGACGAUGCAAGGUUUUUUUUUUUUUGCAGCCGGACCCUUUUGUCUGUCGUAAUGGCGAGGAGAUGUGAAUGAAAAGGAGAGAAUCUCUGUGUCUCUUCAUGGCACACGGCAUGAUGUUGUGUUUGCGAUUCCACAGGAGUAAGUCGGUGUGGGCCGCCGUGUGUGUGCUGGUGCUGUGCUGGCUUUACAUCUUCCCUGUGUACAGGAUGCCAAGCGAUAAAGAUAUCGUGGAAGAAGUGCUGCAAAAGGGAGAGACAUGGACCAAGAACCAGACGGGCAUCGACCUGUACAGGAAGCUGCUAACUGAAUGCUGUGACCCAAAGAGAACGUUUGCAGUGACCAAGGAGAAUUCACAGAUUGGGAAAGUCCUGUGGUACGACGGCGAGUUCUACCACUACCAUACUGUCAACAAUGACACCUACCCACUGUUCGUACAGGAUAUUCCUUUUCAGCUGCCACUGAAGAAGUGUGUGGUGGUGGGCAACGGAGGAGUUCUGAAGAACAGCGGCUGUGGCAAAGAAAUCGACCAGGCCGAUUUCGUAAUGAGAUGUAACCUGCCCCCGCUGUCCAAAGAAUAUACCGAUGAUGUAGGCAGAAAGACCCAGCUGGUGACCGCUAAUCCCAGUAUUAUAGAGAAAAGCUUUCAGAGCCUGCUGUGGUCUCGCAAGGCUUUUGUGGAAAGCAUGAAAGCCUAUGGCUCCAGCUAUAUCUACAUGCCUGCCUUCUCCAUGAAGCCUGGCACAGACUUGUCCCUGCGUGCCUACCAUGCGCUGGCCGAUUCAGCGUCCAACCAGACAGUGCUGUUCGCUAAUCCGGACUUCCUAAAGAAUGUGGGUCUCUUCUGGAAGCACCACGGCGUACACGGCAGACGUCUAUCCACGGGCCUCUUCCUGGUGAGCCUUGCGCUGGGAGUGUGUGAUGAAGUGACGGCGUUCGGCUUCUGGCCUUUUGCGCUGGGCCUCGACCAGCAACCUGUAAGUCACCACUAUUACGACAACGUGCUGCCUUCGUCUAGGUUCCACGCAAUGCCGGAGGAGUUCCUGCAGCUAUGGCAUCUGCACAAGAGUGGUACUCUGAGAUUGCACCUGGGCCAGUGUGCUCAUUAAAAUACCACAUGUAGGAUGAGGUAAACAUUUCUGUUUAACAAAAAAGAAUCUGCCACCCUCACCUACUCUGCAAAUUUGCGUGAGGGGAAAAAAACGUGUGACUUCAACACCUCCUCUAUCAAAAAUCCACCAAACUGAUGCCACCCCUAAUGUCUGCUCGAUUCCUGUGGAUAGACGCUCCAUUCCCCCACCUAUCACACAAUGGUAUUCACACACCGACAGAAUGACACCCACACACUUUCUUUUUGGUUGCCAAGGGACUGUCUUAGUCUUGCCAAGAGCGCUGUGAGUGUGUAGAAUGGGAACGAAGAAGCGUGGGAUGAUAUGAAGCUGUAACUGCCUUUACAGCAGCUGUUCUCCCAUAUCUUUUUCUUCCACUCUGAAACAUGAAUGAGGGCACAGGGAGGCAUGCAUGGAUCAGGUCAUUUAAAGACAUUUUAAAUGCUCUCUGAAAAAAGAAGAAGCAAUGUGAACAGCAGGUUUUUCGCCAUACGAUGACGUAUAGCCACAACCUUAGUGGUUUGAUGAGGCCGAAAAAGGAAACAAAAAAGAAAGGAACAAACAGUUUAAUUUUUUCUGAUUUUUAUUUGCAACAUUCCGUGGAUAAAUAGUUUUUGGUGAAGAAUCCCAGGAAAGUAUUCUUCUUCUAUUAAUGUCUUUUUUUGUGAUAUUCACAAUGUCGAAGCUGAGGUCCUUAGCUCCUCAAAAUGGGAAAUGUGAACAUUUGGGUGUGAAAUGAAUGUAUAUUGUCAAUGCACUGUUGUACAGCCACAAUUUGAUAUCAGUUCAUCUUGAAAACUAAGCUAUUUGUAUAUUCAGGUGUUUGUGCAAUGCUUCUGGUCAUGUGAGUCUCCUGAUCAUGUUUGAGUCACCAUAUGGAAUGGUUACAAAAGCAGGUACACAUGCAUCGUCAUGUUUAGUUUACGGUCAGAAACCAAAAGGAAAAUGUCGGGCAUCAACUAGUUGUCAGUUUUGCAUCGUCAGCACAUUAGUAGAUGCCUAUUUUGUGAUAAUUGCAGAAGGAUUUUGCCUGUGGAGGUGAUGUGACUGUCUGUACAUCUUCUGUGACCUGAAGUUGUCAGUAUCUUCUGUGAAAAACAGUCUUUUGCUUUUAUAGUAACUGAUUUUUUUUUUUAAUGAUAAAAUCCUACUGUUGGUUUUAGCAUCAAAAUUGUCAUUAGUACUACUGGGGCAUUAGCGCUGCCUGUGACUGCUCAGGUGCUGGACACCUGGUCCUGAAGUGCAGUCUGUACAUAGAUGUAAUGAUUGCUCUGAAUGUAAAGGACGGUUUGGGCUAUAUAUCCAAUCAAGUUACCAGUUAUAUCUAAUCAAGUUAACUCUUAGUUAAAUUCUACCUGUAAAACCGGCAUUUUAUCUGGCUUUGUCAUCUCCUAAGCAACUUAAAGAAACAAUACUUCUACUUUGUAGGCUUUUAGGUGCUAGUUUUGACAUAUCACCUAAUCAAAGCGUCUGAAAACCUGUUUUCUUUUUUCCAUAUAAGUAUUUUACAAGGACUUUAAAGAAUGUGGUUAAAGUGUAAAGGCAUGAUCAUUGUUUAACAUGAAUCAUUAUCACUACAGGGUUACUAACUCGAAGAAUGAAAUCCAUACACACUCAUAGAUGCUUGGGGUUUCCUCAAGGCCAGGCAUGUAUCCAUCUUCACUGUCUCUGUUCCAUCUAUUCACAUUCCUUGAGAGGUCGAGUGCCUUUUUAAUGUGAAAGGGGGAAAAAAGGAAAAAGGAGACACCAGCAGCAGUAGAUAAGGACUAAGUAUUUCUCUUGCCUUCUAAGUAGAUAAGGACUAAGUAUUUCUCGUCCCUCAUUGGCAGUUCCUCAUACAUCAGUGUUUUACUUGAUGUUGAAUUAAAUCCAGCAGGAUCUUGAGAUAAAAACUAUUUGUGUUGAAAGGAGUCUUAUCAGAAGCUGUCUACCAAUGGACCAAGUUGAGAUUCUACCAGUUGUUCACUCAGUUGCCAUUUGAAGGCAUGUCUUGUAUAAUUAUUACUGAGAGAAUCUUUAGAAAAGACAGUGGGGUAUUUGAAUUUUUGUUUUUUGCACCUUUGUCCUGUUCAGUAUUGUGAAUGACUGAGACUGUAGCUUGUAUAGCAGCCUGCAUGACUGUAGUAUGUGUAUUUGUUUAGGAAUCUGAAAUUUGAGUUAUGGAUGUUUUUCUUAAUGAUCAUAGUUUUAUUUACAUUCCUGCCCCUUUGCUUUCUGAGCCAUGUUAAGCUGUGUACCCAAAGUGUAACAGCGCUUACCUCAGCCAUUUGUUUUUACUGGCAAUUCCAAAUGCUAAUCUUAUGAAAUAAAUAUGGAAAUACAUAUUGAUUCAUGCCAGAAUUUAAAAAAAAAAAAGACUCCUUUUACUGUUCCAGGUUAUAAUUUACCUUUUUUUUUCUCUGGCUUGAAAAGAAAAUUUAAUGUGUGUUAUUUAUGUAAUGUCGAAGAUUUUAAAUGGAGGGAAAAAAAGCUGAAACUGAAAAACGUUCUCUUAACCAGUCAGUGAGCGCUUCCUAUGUUUGAGCAUGAUAUACUGGUAAAAUAGGAAGAACAGCUUGCACUGAACAGUAUUUUUGUAACAGCUGGGUUAGGUAACCCAGGAAAAAAGCAUCCAAGUAUGUGUUAGAAAUGGUGAGAGAUUUUGAAAGAUUGUAAUAAAGUAACCCAGUUUCAACUGUC